UAAGAAGAUUAUAAGUUUAAUGAAAAGCAAUAAUUUUCAGUUUUUUAAACAAAAUCAAAUGAACAGAUAAAAUAAUCUACAAACAAUUAAAUUAAUAAUUAGAUUGAAAUGUUAAGACAUGCAUUAAAAGAAGCAAUUGAUGAGAAUGAAAUUUUAAGAAAUAGAGUUUCAGAAGUUGAGGCUCUUUAUGCUGCAGCUGAGGAUGAAGUUUUAAAAAGAGAUUAAUGUAUAUAAGAACUAAUAUGUUAAAUAGAAAAAUUAAGCAUAUAAACUGAAUCUAAUAAAUAAAUGAGAAAAAGAAUUAAUAGUUUAUGAUAAUAUAGUUAUAA